GGGUCCCCCUGCCCCGGCUGACCCCAGGUCCACGGCAUCCCAGAGCUGUGCACCUUGGCCAGCGACUGGAGCAAAUCAACGUAGCUGAGGCAGAGGCAGCGGAGCGCUUGGGCCUGCAGCAGCUGAGGCUGGGCUGCGGUGCGUGAGCCCUCAGGCUGCAUGAAAAGCCCGGGCACAGAGCCUCUUUAGUCUGUCAUUUAUAAGUUUAUUAAUAUCCUAUUAGGCUUUCGGUUGGACAUGCUUAUCUCCUAGCUGCCUGUAGAGCCUUAACUCUGCUCCCCUGUUUAAAUAUGUAAUGCUGUGUAAUGAGAUGUGCCUCUGCUUUUCCUUCAGUAAUAGCAGUGCAGGAUGGGGAAGGAUCUACCUGGCCACUGAGUCCUGCCUCCUGCUACUGCAGGAAGAAACUCUGAACCUUUAAGAAGCAGUGACUGAAGAAGAAGUUAAGGAACAACCGUAAGGAACAAACCCAUUUCAUAACAAGAUCAAGUUUGAAUUAAAUGGCUGAUAAACAGAUCAGUUUACCUGCCAAGCUGAUCAAUGGAGGGAUAGCUGGGCUCAUCGGGGUCACCUGUGUAUUUCCCAUUGACUUGGCAAAAACCCGCUUGCAGAACCAGCAGAAUGGCCAGCGGAUGUACACCAGCAUGUCUGACUGCCUCAUUAAAACGAUCCGCUCAGAAGGCUACUUCGGCAUGUACAGGGGGGCUGCGGUGAACCUGACUCUAGUGACACCAGAAAAGGCUAUCAAACUGGCAGCCAAUGACUUCUUCCGGCACCACCUCUCUAAAGACGGGAAAAAGCUGACGCUGCUGCGGGAGAUGCUGGCAGGCUGCGGCGCUGGCACCUGCCAGGUGAUUGUCACCACCCCCAUGGAGAUGCUCAAAAUCCAGCUGCAGGACGCAGGCCGAAUAGCGGCGCAGAAGAAGCUGAUGGCAGCCCAGGCCCAGCUCGCGGGAGCGGCAGAGCCGGUGGUGGAAGCGCGCACCACCGCCACACAGAUAACGAGGGAGCUGCUGCGGAGCAAAGGCAUUGCGGGGCUCUACAAGGGCCUGGGAGCCACGCUGCUGAGAGAUGUCCCCUUUUCCAUCGUUUACUUCCCGCUGUUUGCAAACCUGAACAAGCUGGGCCAGAAGGACCCUGAUGUCAAGGCCCCGUUCUACGUGUCCUUCCUCUCCGGGUGUCUGGCUGGCAGUACGGCUGCUGUGGCUGUCAACCCAUGCGACGUGAUCAAGACACGGCUGCAGUCCUUGCAGAGAGGCGUGAAUGAGGACACGUACUCGGGAAUCCUGGACUGCACCAAGAAGAUCUGGCAGAAGGAAGGGCCCACAGCCUUCUUCAAAGGGGCGUACUGCCGAGCCCUGGUCAUCGCUCCCCUCUUCGGCAUUGCACAAGUUGUCUACUUCAUCGGCAUCGCAGAGUUCCUCCUGGACCUGCUCCCGAAGCACCGGGCCUAGCCCCCGUGUGCCCGCGUGUGCCUGCCCGCCUGCUGCCACGCCGAGUCCAUCCCCGUGUCCAUCAUCCAUGUUGAUUGGUGUCAGAGCAACAGCACAAAGGGUUUGCGCGGGAACACCGAGGGGACGUGGUCUCCAGACGAGCCAAGGCGUGGAGGGAGAGAGUCUGUUCUCCGUCCCAAGCUGGAGCCGGCCCCCUCCCGCUCCUCCCAAGGACACUACCUAGUUAUGCAUAUCUUUUUUACUUUUUUUUCUUUUCUUUUCUUUUUUUUUUUAACUGUCGUUCUCGAGGACACUGGUAAGCACAGACUGGGCUUGCAGCUCCAGAGGUCUCCUCCCAGCCUUGGUCGGGAAGAGGGAUGGAAAGGAAAGAUCCUGAGCCCUCCUUCGUCUCAGCCCUUUUGCCCUCCCCAGGAGGAGGGCUCAGCCCUCCUCGGGGGUGCUGGGCCCUGGGGCGCAGGGCACUUGCUGAGAGAGGCCCCGCGUCGCUCAGAGAGCAGGGGGUGGAUGCUGGAUCUGGCCGAGUUCCUCAGCCUGGAAACCUUCACCCGCCUCCUCCCCCCCCCCCCCCCCGCCCGCUCCCUUGCUUGAAGACGAGCUGGACUUAGGUGAAUUCUUGGAGAACAAAGGAAGGGGAAGGGGAUCAUUUCUGUUGUUUUUUAUGAUUAUUUUUGUUUUAAAGCAAAGGGACUUCCCUCCUAACUGGGUGUUGCAGGCACGUGCCCAGGUGAGGUGCAGAGACAAGGCAUCUGCUCUGCAGUGAACAUGUCUGUGGGAUCUCGUGAACGUCCUGAGGUGCUUCAUUGCUCGGCUACGGGCAGGGAAGGGAGAAGAACUUGGGAUCAACUUUUUUUUCUUUUUUUCUUUUUUUUUGGUAUAUGGGAUAUGGGGUUGAGGGGGGGACCAAACAAAAAUAAACCACUUACAUUCCUUCAGCCCGCCCAGCCCAGAGGCAGAAAGCAGUUGCCGCAGCCGGCAUACGGUUAGCUGCGUCUUCUGGCCUGGCCCUCGAUGGCUCCCUCGCCUCCCUGCAGGGAGAGAAGGGGAGAGGAGAGCAGAUGGAGGAGGCAUCCCGAGGCCCAAGGGCCGGGGGACAGACGCCCUAGAAACGCUCCGCUUCUGCUUUCCCCUGGCACAGGCUGGAUGUGGCUUUGCUUUGAUGAUGUUUGGAGCCAGCCAGUAGCGAUGAGGCCGGAGGGUUUCCACGCCCCGAGCGAGGAGCCGCUCACAAACACGCAAUCGCAGGAACGUAGUCCUCCGGAUUGCCCAAAUGCAGCAUGCUGCUCGCGCCGGGGCAGUGACGGGGGCGGUGGGUGGGUGGUGGCAAACCCACACUCACACCCCCUUCCGGCAAAGAGAUGCUGGCGAGCUUUAAAAAAAAAAAAAAAAUCCCUUGUUGAAGAAAUUCCUCAUUAAGUACUCUCUUUGGCUGUAUUGUUAAUUCUAGUUUAAAUUAUCGUAAGCGUGAGAUCUGCAAACCUCCCAGCGUGGUCUUCUCCGUUAUUUAUUCCAUUUGGUGCAAUCCACCCAACCUCAGUGUUUCAAUUAAACUGGUCAAAUUCAUUUUUCAUUCCUUCUCUUCACUGGUUAGUCCAGAUGCUUGCUUGGCGUUUGUGUUUCAGAUGUAUAUUUAAAUUAAUUUAAAAAGAAUUCUGUUUUUAAUGCUGGAAAAAAAUCUGUUUCAAUGUUUUGGGAUUUUUUUUUUGUUUGUUUGUUUCAAAGCCUAGAGGUCGAGAGCCUUCUCCCUGGAUAUGUCCCUUUUCUCUUAGAAAAAGUUGUUCUGUGGCUGGAUUGUUACUUGUCACUUUGCCUAUGUGAAUCACUUCCCUUUUUUCAUGACUUUGGCGUGUAUCUGGGAAGGAAUCGGGGCUGUGACGCUCUCCGAUUCUGCCGGCUCUCUGUGAUGUGUGUAGUGCUGUGAUGCUGCUCUUGCUCUGGAUCGCCUUAGGUGGAUUAAAGAAAAUGUUUUGGUUUUUUAAA